AUGUCUCGACCAGCGUCUCUUCGAUCUACCCCACGCACCGCACCCGCGCUCGCCGUGCUGCUGCUGCUGCUCGUCUCAGGCACGCAAAUUUCACUCCCGUGGCUGCCCGCGGCGCAUCUACGGCCGCCGCCUCUGCUGAUGGCGGCGGCAGCUGGUGGCGGGCACAACUACGGCGACGCGCUCGCCUUGAGUAUUCUGUUCUUCGAGCAGCAGCGCUCCGGAAAGCUGCCGGCCAAUCAGCGAGCCAAGUGGCGCGGGGAUUCCGGGCUGAAUGACGGCAAGGACGUCGGGGUGGACCUAUCCAAGGGCUACUACGACAGCGGCGACAACGUCAAGUACGGGCUGCCCAUGGCGUUCACGGUCGCGACGCUGGCGUGGGGAGUGGUGGAGUACGGUAGCCAGCUGGAGGCGCAGGGGCAGCUGCAGUACGCGCUCGACGCCGUCCGCUGGGGCGCGGACUACUUUGUCAGCGCGCACCCCGAGCCCAACGUGCUGUACGCGCAGGUGGGCGACGGCGUGUCGGACCACGCGUGCUGGCAGCGGCCCGAGGACAUGACCACGGCGCGCACCGCGUACCGCCUGGACGCCGCCAAUCCCGGCACGGAGGUCGCCGCGGAAGCCGCCGCCGCCCUCGCCGCCGCGAGCCUCGCGUUUGUCGCGAGCGACAAUGCUUACUCGACUACGCUGCUGCGACACGCGCGCGAGCUGUUCUCGUUCGCGGACAAGUACCGGCGCACGUACACUGCGAGCAUCCCCUCCGCCGCCACCUACUACCAGUCCUACUCCGGCUUUAACGACGAGCUGCUGUGGGCGGCGGGGUGGCUGUACCGCGCUACAGCCGACCAGCAGUACCUGGGCUACAUCCGAGCCAACAAGGACGCGCUCAAGGGCGCCGCUACAACCGCCAAGAUGUUCUCCUGGGACGACAAAUUCGCCGGCGCGCAGGUCCUGCUCUCGCAGUUGGCGCUGGUGGCGGGAGACAGCAGCAUGCAGGCGUACGCGGAUCAGGCGCAGCGGUUCAUGUGCAACGUGCUCACCGGCUCCAAGACUCCCGGUGGCCUGCUGGUGUUCCUGCCGUGGAGCAACCUGCAGUACGUGACAUCAGCAUCACUGCUGCUCACCGUGUAUUCAGACUACCUCGACCGUGCCUCUGUGGGCUCCUUCAAGUGCGCCUCCGGCCAGACGCUCACGCCCACCGACCUUCGGAACAUGGCGCAGAAACAGGUGGACUACAUCCUGGGCAGCAACCCCAAGGGCAUGAGCUACAUGGCGGGGUACGGGCCGUUCUACCCCAAGCGGCAGCACCACCGCGCGGCGUCCCUGCCGUCCAUCAAGAGCAGCCCCGCGUUCAUUGCGUGCGGGGACGGCUUCUCCUUCUUCCACACCCCAAACCCCAACCAGAACGUGCUGGCAGGCGCACUAGUCGGCGGCCCCGAUGGCUCCGACUCGUUCACAGACGACCGUGGAAACUACCAGCAGAACGAGCCCAGCACAUACGUGAACGCGCCGCUCGUGGGCGUGCUGGCUCGCAUCGCCGGCGGCACAGAGAAGAUCCCUAUCACUCACGCUGACCCCGGGCCCAUCACGGCUCCUAGGGGACCGCGCCCCAAGGGAGAGAAUGGAGGGGGGAGCGGUGGAGGGAAGAGCCCACCGAAGAACACUGGGGCACGGCAUCAGGAGGAGAGGCUACCAUACGCGUUCUAUAUCGACGACAGGGAGGUUUCAGAGCCCCUAGGGGAGCACCUCAGACAACACAAAGGUGCCUCCCCGCCCUUUCCUCCCCGCCCUUGCCUCCCCGCCCUUGCCUCCCCGCCCUUGCCUCCCCGCCCUUGCCUCCCCGCCCUUCCCUCCCCGCCCUUCCCUCCCCGCCCUUUCCUCCCCGCCCUUCCCUCCCCGCCCUUCCCUCCCCGCCCUCAUCGUCUGUUGGCACACGCUCUGUCCGUGCAUAAUGUUAAUCAAUUUCUGGGCCCUCACAAUGCUUCCCUCCUUUUUCCCCUUCUCUCCCCCCUCCCCCCGUGCCCCCCUGCCCACUGCCCACUGCCCACUGCCCCCUGCCCCCUGCCCACUGCGCGGUGCCGUCCACCACCCGCCCGCCGCCUCCGCCCCCCAGUGUCGGUGGAGAAGGUGCUGGCCAUAGUGUACCAGCCACAGGCCGUGUUCCGAAUCCGAUCCGUCACUCGCUGCUCCGCCACCAUCCCAGGCCACACAGAGGCGGUGCUAGCAGUGGCGUUCUCACCGGACAGCAAGCAGCUGGCGAGCGGGUCAGGCGACACAACAGUGCGGUUCUGGGACGUGGACACGCAGACGCCGCUCAAGACGCGCGCGGGGCACAAGAACUGGGUGCUGUCGCUGGCAUGGUCGCCCGAUGCCAAGUGGCUGGCCACAGGGGGCAUGGACGCCCACGUACUGCUGUGGGAGUCGCCUGCUGGGGAGAAAGACCCCGUUGCUCUCAAGGGCCACCGCAAGUGGAUAACGGCCAUAGCAUGGGAGCCGGCGCACGUGGCGCUGCCGUGCCGGCGCCUGGCGAGUGCGAGCCGAGACGGGGACGUGCGCGUGUGGGACGCAGUGCGGCGUGCCACGCUCUUCAUACUCACGGGGCACACACUGGCUGUCACUAGCUUGCGCUGGGGCGGCGAUGGCGUGAUUUACUCGGGGUCUCGGGACUGCACAGUGCGCAUGUGGAGUGCUGUCAACGGUGCUGCUCUGCAGCAGCUUAAGGGUCACGGGCACUGGGUGAACUCGCUAGCGCUGAGCACGGACUAUGCGCUCAGAACAGGCGCGUUUGACCACGGGGGAGUCAACGGCCUCCCCGCAACGGACGAGGAACGCAAGGAGAAGGCGCGAGUGCGGUACGCGGCGGUGAAGGGAGCGAGUGGGGAGAGGCUGGUGUCGGGGUCAGACGAUUUCACCAUGGUGCUCUGGCACCCCGCUGCUGCCAUGCAGCCCAACUCCCCACUCGCUGCCGCUCUUAAAGCCAAGCUCACAGAUUUAGAUGCAUCUUCCCCUCCCCCUUCCUCCUCCUCUCCUUCUCUCCUUCCCUCUUCCACCCCACUCUUCUGA